UUUGUUUAGAUAGUUUGAAGGAAACUAGCGAUAUUAUCGAUAAUUUGUUAAAUUUAUUGACCAGCAGCAAAAACCAAAACCAGGCAAAAAAUUGCAAUUAACGUGAAAGAAAGAGAAAAAUAAUGUUGAGACAAGCGUCGAAAAAGAAAAAAGCGGCCGAAUUGCAGCUACCCUGCGGCUGGCGCGACUGUCAGGUGAUAUGCGAGGGGGAAUGGUUGCUCAAUAGCCACAUUGCCGAGCAUUUGGAGCAGGAUGAACAGAAGGAGCAGGAAGAGGAAGAGUGCGUCUGCACUUGGAGCGAUUGCGAUUUCCAAACAAAUUGCCGCGAGGAAUUUGAACGGCAUAGCUAUUAUCAUGGGUAUUAUUUAAAUCUGCUUCUGCACGGCAAGCUGGAGUGCGAUCGUCAUCCGGAGAUUCCCAGCUGUUAUGGAGCAGCACGCAAUGGCAACAAGUUGCCAGAGUUGACACAGAAUUUCCUGUGUGGCUGGAGCGAUUGCAAUCGCUCGUUUGUGUCCAUUGUGGAGUUCCAGGAUCACAUUGUGCAGCAUGCCUCAUUUGAGUAUGAGAUUCAAAAGUCACCGGAUGAUGAGCGUCCGAAGACACAGUGCAACUGGCAUCUGUGCCACAGGCAGCUGGAGAACCGUUACCGUCUCCUCGAGCACAUCAGCACACAUUGCAACAAGAAGAGUGUCGCUUGUUUCCAUUGCGGCGAACUCUUUCGCACCAAGACGACGCUCUUCGAUCAUCUGCGGCGACAGCCGGACAACAACACACAAAAGUUCCAGUGUGCACAGUGCUUCAAGUUCUUUGCCACGGAAAAGCUCUUGCGGGGUCAUGUAGUGCGACAUGUCAACUGCUACAAAUGCACCAUGUGCGACAUGACCUGCAGCUCGGCCAGCUCACUGACGACCCACAUUCGGUAUCGCCAUCUGAAGGAUAAACCCUUCAAGUGCAGUGAGUGCGAUACCAGGUGUGUGAGGAUCUCGGAUCUGGCCAAACAUGUGGAGAUUGUCCACUCCAAGAUGGUGCAUCAAUGCGAUCAACCCGGCUGUCAGUAUUCUGUGCGCACCUACACUCAAAUGCGUCGGCAUUAUCUGGAGGUGCAUGGGAACAAUCCGAUCUUCUAUGCCUGCCAUUGCUGUGAGCGGUUCUUCAAGAGCGGCAAAUCGCUCUCCGUGCACCUGAUUAGGAAGCAUGGUUUUCGGUUGCCAUCGGGUCACAAACGGUUCACAUAUCGCCUGGAUGAGAACGGUUUUUAUCGCUUGGAGACGACACGCCUGGAGAGUUUGGAGGUGACCCAACAGGUGCUCUCUCCGCAAAUCAAACAUGAGACUGAUCUUAACAAUUCCGGAGCGGGAAGUUGCUAUGAGAUUGUGAAUCCCAUUGGCAACGAAUUCGAGCGUAUUAUUGUUUCCAAUGAUGCCAACGAGGCGCAUUUGGUGGGUGAGGUGACCAUCUCAUUGCCAGGAUUCACUGACACCGAUCCCUGAAGCGAUCUCAUCGAGAAAUGCAACACAAAAGGCUGUGUUCCCAAAUUUGGUGCUCCUUCUCUGCCUGCAACCUGCAUCCUGCUCCUCUCCUCUUCUUCAGCGAACAGCACCUCAGAGUACUCAUAGUUUUAAGUUACUUUUGUCUCGGUUUUCAUCUUCCAACUUCUGCAACCAAGUACAACAAUGUGUGCCAUUUAACGAGUGUUUACUGUAGGCACAAUAUUCCCUCAUUUUAUGUUUGCAUGUUGGCAUUUAACAAUCUUUUCAAAUAUUUCUAUAUACUUAUCGCAUCUAAUUAGAAUUAAGCUGAAAUUAUAAGAACUCUUAAAUCAUAUUCAAUAAACGAAACUAUGCACAUCACACAUAGCUAAAGCAAUAUAAA